UAGAACAACUGAAAGAGAAAACUUUCCCUUUCUUCUUUCUCCAAGCUCUGGCCGUUUUUGAACGUUUUUCCGCCUCAAUUCACAAGCACCUCGUCACCAUUUGAAAGUUUGCACUGAAAAAACUCUCCAUUUCAUCGGGCGUCUGUUGUGAUCCGUUUUCUUUUUGUUUUGGAAUUCAUUUGACACCAACAGGUUCGUUUGUCUUUAGGGCUUGUUCUGCAUUCAGCCAAUCAGUUCAAGGUUCACCCAUCGACGUUUCGCAGUCCUAUAGAGUUUGGCUAUCUAUAUGACAGAUUUGCAUUAGUGACCUCGUCCCGUUUACCCUCUUUCUCAUUUCAGAGUUCUCAUUUUGACGUUUAACUAGAAAUAGCCGUACCCUUUUGAAAAAGAAAAGUUACGUUUCAUGAAAGAAAAAAAAAACAUUUUUUUUUUGCUCGUGGGUUGCCAAACGAUGCCGUCUGUUACACCUACAAGCGAAAACGAAAGGAAGAAUAUAAAGUGAAAGCUGAAGCUGACCGGCUGAAAAUAAAAACUAUUGGGAGAUCUCCCAACCGGCAGUGCUAGAACAUAAAAGAAGCAAAUGGGGAGUUCGACCUGGUCAGUUGUCUUUCAGAAGUUCGAGAGUUCAGAUAAACGCUGCACGGAAAUGUCCAAUUUGUGUUGUUGGUACCUGAUGUUGGUGGUGUCGGCUGGUUUGAUAUCGCCGAUCGUAUCGUCUCCGUUGCCAGCAGAUCCAGCUCCUGCAGCGGCCGACCCAGCCAAAUCAGCCGCCGCAAGUCCUAGCGCUGGAACGGGCGUCGCCACGGCAAGGACCCACCAUAAGAAACAUGGAUUCGGAGGCUUUGGCUACGGUGGAGGUAUCGGAUAUCCCGGAUUAGGUUAUGGAUUUGGCAUUCCUAGUUAUGGACUUCCUCUGGGCUACGGUUUACCUCUGCCUACUUAUCCUUUGUACGGAGGCAUCGGGUAUCCAUUAGGAGGAUAUGGGUACGGACUCGGUGGAUUCGGUUACGGACUCGGAGGAUUCGGCUACCCGGGUUUCGGCUACGGCUUCUAGAACUUGUGUGUCCACAAGUCGACAUCGUUUUGCCGAUUCAUGUAUUUAUUACGACUGCAGUGACUGCAGCUUUAUUUUUUUUUUACACUCGACGGUUUGUCAUGAAGAGAAAAUUGUUCUACAUAGACCUGAUAUUAUGAUGAUUGAGUGAUUUUGCAUUUAAAAGGCGCCGCAGACAUUUACCACGCCUCGAUUUCUAUAUAGUCUCUAUAUGAUUGUGUACACUGUGACCCACAUGUAAUUCUAUCGUCGUCUUAUUGUCUCACCUCAUUGUUAAAAAUAGCACGUAAGAAAGGGAUAAGAAUAUAAAGAGCCAUCAUCGUUCA